AUGAAAAAUAACAGAUAAAAUUUUAUAGAUUUGAUUAUUCAUCUUCUCGAUUUGGAGGAACAAAUAGAAAACACUAAAAUUCAUAUGACAUCUAAUGAAUAUUUUACACUUUAUAGAGCAUUUUAAAUAGUUGAUGAACAAAAUACAAAUUAAAUAACGCUUGAUGCAAUUUCAAAAUUAAUUUCUAAACCGACAGAACAAUGUGCAUUAUUGAUUGAUUAUUACUCAGAAUUUAAAGAUAUAAAGUUAUCUUUUGCAAAUUUUAUGAAUUUAUGUUUGCCUAGAAGUAAACCGCAAUUAAGAGCAUAAUUAACAAAAAAACUCUAAAAAACAAUAGGUUCACCUGAAGAAUAAGAAUUAAUAAAAUAACAUUUAUCAAUUCUAAUAGCAAGUGAAAUUUAUUUUUUAUUAUAAAUGAAAUAAUAUCCAAUAGAAAUUGAGGGGUUGUUAGAGUACCCAUUCAAAUAGAAAGAUUUAAAUUAAUUAGUAAGUGAUUUUGGUUAUAAAAUAAAUACAGAAGCAAUUUGGAGAAGAUUAGAUUUUGAUUAGAAUGGAGUUGUUACAUAUGAAGAUAUGAAGAAAUUAUUUAAAGAAUUAGAUUAAAAUAUAGAGAUUAAUGAAAAAGAGUUAGAUAAAGAUUAAUUGAGAAAUAAGGAUAUAAAAUUGGAAUGGAUAAACAAUAAAUCAUGUCCAUAUCAUUCAUAUACUAAAAAAUUCAGAAAGGGAAUUCAUAACUUUUAAGAAUUUGAGAAAUAAAAAAGUAUUUUAAGGUAAGAAUAUUAAUUAGUUUAGAUAAUAUGAAUGGAAAUAGAUAAGAAGUCUACUAUAUUUAAUAAAGGAGCACAGUUAAAUAUAUUAAUAGAUAGAUUAAUUGUUAUAGAAAUUAAAUAAAUUUGAUAGUUUGAAAUUGUUUGAAUUAUUAAGUAUAAAUGAUAGAUUAGAAUAUUAAUAUUUGUAAAAUAAGAUAUAAGAUAUAGUGGGAUAAGAAUUUAUGUUAGAUUAUUCUGAUGUAGAUUAAUUGAUGAAUUUCUUUGGUGGAUAGAACUAUGAAGAGUUUAAACAAUCAUUAUAAUGUAGUAGGAUUUUGGAGAGAAAGCAACCAAUAAAUAUGAAUGUUUUGAAGAUGCUGUUUAUAAAAUUGAUUUUGUUAUUGCAAUUAAGUAGAUAUUUGAAAUAAUAAUACAAAAAGAAAGCUUUAAUAUAAAACAAAGACUUGUUGAAUGAAUUUGGAGAAUUCUCUCAAUCUAAUGUAUUGAUAAUGGCAAGAAGGGCAGAGAUAGAAUUAAGUUUGGAAGAAGUAAAUCAGUUUUUUAAAGGUUAAGAGGUUAUGGAAGUUAGGAAUGUUAUGAGUUUUUUGAAAUGA